AAUGUAAUUUAGAAUUUUUCUUUACGGAGAUCAUUUACUCUGCAGUAAUAAACAUCAAUACAACGAUCAAUUUUAUUUUUUGGCAAUUUAAAAACAGCUGCAUUAUUUAUUUUGUAACCAAAAUACAAUUAUUCAUACCGAAAAAAAUAAGUAGCCUUUGACAUAAAAAAGGGUGAUUACAGAUUAUUCUUUCCUUGUAGUUAGCUGCGUAUAAUUUCGUUUAAAGACCACUUCCGUUCCGACCAAUAUCUGUCAACAUAUUUCCACGUUCGGCUCGGACACAUCACAAGAACUCGAUUUCAUUGACAUCCACCGUCUGCAGCAUAAUGAGUUUUAAAUUAUUACUGCAGAUAAAAAGUAGCUGGCCGAUGUUCGUAUAACCUUUCUUUAUUUCGUAACUGAAGACACUACACGAGCGAUGAAUAGAGAAGCGACUGAGCCGAGUUUUGUCGUUCAAUGAAAACCAGUAUAGUUUUUUCUUAAUUUAAUAAAAAACCGUUUAAUAUGUCAAAUAUAAUUUAAGCACUUAUUCCAAAUUAAGGGUGUAUUGUAGUAAGCGUGUGCGGUAGUAAGCGUCGGCGCGGGCGGCUAUGCGCAGACGCAGCGGGCGGCCGGCGUCGCACCGUCUCCAUGGUAACGCGGCGUCGAGUACAUAAGCGUUCGCGUGGGCCGCUAGCCGCACAGAUCGCUAAAGCCUGGAGAGCGCGCAGCACGUAGUGCUACGGAUCACCGGGAAAUAAUAAUCAGUUUGAAGUUUCGUAAAUAUAAGUGACAAUACCUUUAGUUACGAAUCUCAAAUCUCAAUCAACUUUACGCGUGUAAUUUUUCAGUUUUAAAGUGUUGUGAAAAAACUUUUAAAUAAUCAAGAUGAUAUCCUUAGUGUUGUUUGUUAUGGGAGGUCUGCUCGCAACGACAGAAGGCUGUGGUGCUGGAAAACAAUUAUUCCGUUCUGGAGGAUUGACGGCGUACGAGAAGCAAGCUAUCGUGGACGCGCACAAUCGUCUCAGGCAAUCCGUCGCCCUGGGACAGGUCUCCAGCCAACCUCCCGCAGCUAAUAUGAUGGAAAUGGUAUGGGAUGACGAGCUAGCCGCGACUGCUCAGCACUGGUCGGACCAGUGCAUCACAGCUCACGACCGUGCCACUCAGCGGUACGACGGCCGCUUCCCAGUGGGCCAGAAUCUCGCUGCCACCUGGACAACUCGCCCACCAAGCCAGAACGCUGACUCGGAACCCGACUUCAUGAAGCAAAUCAACGCCUGGUUCGACGAAGUUCAUAUCUACGGCUUCAAGCCCAUUACCGGUGGGCACGGCACCGGCCAUUACUCACAGCUGGUUUGGGGCGAGACAUCUCACGUAGGCUGCGGUUUCACGUUCUACUACGAUCCCUCUCGAGGCUACACCAAACUAUAUGUCUGCAACUACGGUCCUGGUGGCAACGUCAUCGGAUCCAAGCCUUAUGAGAAGGGAUACCCAUCCUGCACGAACUUCGGCCUCACAGAAUCGAGGAAAUACUCUGGCCUUUGCGCUGCCAGUUACACAGCCACCUCAUCUUACCAAACGGUGGACAACAACAAUGGCUACAUCUCGAACGCCAUCCCCGACAGCUCCAGCGAGACACAAGGUUUCAACUACCAGUUCAGCAACCAGUACUUCAACCAGUACAACAACCAAUACCAAUACCAGUACCAACAUCAGCAACCAGAGACUUACUACCGCACGGAGACGUCGACCUUCAGGCCACUCAUCAGUAUCAUCAAGACCGCCUCGAACCUUCUUAAAGCGAAACCUCAAGUUAGAAUUGGAACUGUGUACCUAUAGAAUGUACCUCUUUAAAGUACAGUCAUAGCAGUAUUUUUUAAUAAAUUAUUGUGACAGUUGUGUUACUCGACUGAUAUUCGAAACUGCGAGCGCAGUAUUCGGAACCAUUGUAGAUAGUAUUGUUAUUCCUUGGUUUUACAAGGAACUUAAGUAAGUUUUCGCUUCUUAUUAAUCGACUAUAUCGGAUUUCCAACAUUGUGAAGGUCUUGGUGAUUUUAUGUUAAAGUUGCGAUGCUGUCGAGAUGGCCUUCUAGUAUUAGCAGUAUGUAAGCGAAUUGUUAUUUAGAUAGAUCUAUAUUUAUAUUUUUAAAUAAAUAUUUCUUCAUACCGUAAAC